UGUGCAUGAAGUGCUUUGGAAUUGGUUCCAUUUUCCUGUGCCCGUGCUAGCGAGACCGGCAAGUAAAGCACAGAGAGAAAAGGGUGCAGUUUUUGUUCGAUUAGGGUAAUACCCAUUAUAAUAUUUCGCAAGCUAUGGCAGGAGACGCCAAAGUAGAAGAAGGCCAAUUAAAAGGUCUGUCGAAGUAUUUCAAUUCAACUACGAAUACCGGGAGGGCAAAUGUAGCAAAGGCUACAUAUGCUGGUGUUGGUCUUGUUAUAUUAUAUUUCAUGUUGAAACCAAAGAAGAAGUGAUCCAAAGUUUGUGAGGAUUAGUACCAAAUCUGUAAAUAAACUGCAACUUGUGAUUUAAGUAUUAUAAAUUCUCAACACAGUACAUUGUAUAAAUGAAUACAGCAUUAAAUUUUGUAAGAAAUUAA